UGUUACUUUUUCAAGUUGAUAUACAUUCCAUCUCAUCAUUUUGCAAUUAAGUAUGUGUUUGUGACUCAUCGAUUUUCUCGGCUAGUGCAUUGGUUGCUUGUUGCUUGUGAAUCGGUCUUGCAAAUGAGGAUUGAUACAGAGUGGUGUGUGUGCAAUUCUAGACUUGUCAAGGGUGUCGUCUAGGCUACCCUGGAUGGCAUAGAGUAAAUUUUGUCUAUCAUGCAGUGAUUUAUGUGCAAUUAAACUACUACCCUACUAAAAUGUUGAAUUUUGUGUUAAUCAUCGAAAGUUUCUAGCUCGAGUGACUACAACGCCGCACUGUGGCUCGUGUAUUCUAUGCAGUGGUUCAUAAAAUGACCACUAGCCUUCGACAUCUCACAACUACAAACGCCGUUGCUGCAACCCAGAACAACAAUCAAGACAUGUCGAGUCAUUCCAACCUUAAAAGUCAGUUCACCAUCGAUAAGCGCCGCAGUCCUCAAAUGAAAAGCCGCUCGAAAAUCCUUCCUGCCGCUGCUAAUGCUUCAGAUUCGGAGGGCAGUGCUGAAAGCAACAGCCUGUCAGCUGAGUCCAACCAAGAGCAGGUCGCAAAAAUUCAGGCUUCAAAGGAGAUUGCUUCAAAACGAGUAAAUCGUCGCGGUUCUGAGUGGGAAAUCUUGGAAGGCUUGAAAGACGGGCAGAGAUUUGAGAAAAAGCCAGAAGUUCUGACAGGCUACUUGCAUAAGAAACGAAAAUGGCCACUCAAAGGAUGGCAUAAGCGUUACUUUGUCGUCGACAAGGGAAUAUUAAUCUAUGGAAAAAGUCCUGGUGACAUUGCUAAAGGCAAAGUGCAUGGUUCAGUAGACAUUGGCCUAUCAGUUAUUUCAACCAAAACCAAACGUCGUAGACUCGACAUUGAUGCUGAGGAAUUCAUCUAUCACUUGAAGGCUAAACAAGUUGACGUAUUCAGACAGUGGAUCGAUCAAUUGAAACAACAUCGUCUGUACCGACAGCACGUUCUCACCUACGGAGGUCACUCGGAUCACAGAUCCCCAAAUGUCGAAUCUCAAAGAGACAAUGGCGGUCAUGCGACCCCAGCGGUCGCCAGUCAUCACAGAAAGUUGACAAUGUCCCCUCCAGAACUUGGAUUGACUAGAGAAAACUCCGUAAAGCAGUGCUCAGGCAUACCACGAUUAGCAGCUUGGCUCUUAGACGCCAAUCCCCCAUUGGACCUCGUAGUUCGUGAACUGUCCCAAGUGCAGCAAAAUAUCAAUCAGCUCUCUCAGAUUCUUGUGCAGCUGGAAUCUGCAUCUUGCGCUGAAGCUGAGUCUGGAGUUGCCGGUGAUGGUUUCUCACCAAAUGUGAAGAAGGACCGGAAGAAAUUUGGACUUCGAAAGAAAAAAUCGGGGAAAGGCAGCUCUGUAGAUCUUAGUGCCGGUUCAAGUCCGAACAAGCCCUGUCUUGAAAAUAGCGAAUCUCCGUCACCAUUAUCGUCUUGCUCGUUUACUGGUGGUUUGUCUACGUCCCCUGGAGCUACUACAGCAUUGAGCUGUAGCAAUCCUUCUCUGGCGACGGCUGGAGUGAUUCGUCCUCAAUCACUGUCUGGAGGCGGGGUCGAUCAUCACCCUCUCUUGACUCCCGACAGUCAGCUACAUAGUGAUUUCACAAUCUUGGCUAAAGACAUACACAGCAAUUUGAAGUCGAUCCUUUAUACAUUGAGUACUGAACGUGAUCGACUGAAAACAGCUUUGGACGUUGAGAGCUCGACAGCUGGUGUGACUAGCGGUGCUGUGACUGGAGCAGCCGGCACCAGCAGUAAUACUGCGUCAGUGAUCGUGGCUACACUCAGACAUACUCUGCAUCAAACAUUGCAGCAGAACGCCGACUUGAAAGCGCGUUUGAAUAGGAUACACGAAGCUUCCGAUUUGACAGAUAUCUCGGAAGCUAAACCUCUUCAACAGUCGUUGUCGUACAGUUCGUCUUGCAUCUCGGCGUCUGAGUUCUUCGACGCAGAGGAUUACGAGGGUGGAGAGGUAGAGGAGGAAGAGGAGGAAGAAGUGGAGGAAGCGGCCGCACUGGGAGUGGCUAGCUUGCCUCCCGCUAAUUCGGCCACAGGUGCCGGAGUGUCGGACACAUCCUCGGAGGCAGGCUCGCUCACCUCCGAGGACGGAAGCGUUGUCUCGUCUGAGAAUUCGGAGAUGGGAGGAUCUGAAUACAACCCCGCUCAGAACGUUGGCUGCCCUGGUAACGGAUCAAAUAUGACUGGACGUCGAACAAAACUACCCGCGCCAAGGCCUAACACAGAGGGUCUUUCUCUAUGGAAUCUGCUUUGCAAAAAUAUUGGCAAGGAUCUGUCACAAGUGUCAAUGCCGGUGGCAUUGAACGAACCUCUCAACAUGUUACAGAGGCUUUGUGAGGAGCUUGAGUACAGUGAAUUGCUAGAUAAGGCUAGUGAAUUGAGCGAUCCCUAUGAGCGAAUGGUGUACGUAGCUGCAUUCGCAGUAUCUAGUUAUGGAUCGUCCUACUUUCGUGCAGGCUCAAAACCUUUCAACCCACUUCUCGGCGAAACUUACGAGUGCAUAAGAGAAGAUAAAGGCUUCAAGUUCAUUGCUGAACAGGUUAGUCACCAUCCUCCAGUUAGUGUCUGCUUCGCAGAAUCGAAAAACUUUGAAUUUUGGCAGGAUGCCAGAAUCAAAACAAAGUUCUGGGGAAAAUCAAUGGAGUUUCAGCCUACAGGCUUUGUGAACGUGAAAUUGCAAAGGCCAGACGGUAGUGGAAAAGAUCACUAUCGUUGGAACAAGGUGACAACAUGCGUGCAUAAUUUGUUUGGGGGUCAGAGGUGGGUCGACCAGUACGGCGAACUGAGGAUUACCACUCAGCGAAUCUCAUGCAAACUGACUUUUGUUAAGGCCAGUUAUUGGUCAGCAAAGAGGCAUGAAGUUCAUGGAGUAGUUAUCAACGAAGAUGACGGUAAAGUCAUGAGGAAUCUCUUCGGCAAAUGGAGUGAAGCUUUCUAUUGCGGAGUUGCACCUUCGGCUAAGUGUAUUUGGAGGCCUGGUACCAUGCCAGAGGACUAUGAGAUGUAUUACGGGUUCACAAGAUUUGCAAUGGAACUCAAUGAACUUGACUCUGAGAUGGCCAAAUAUUUGCCUUCUACUGACACAAGGUUUCGGCCAGAUCAAAGAUUACUUGAAGAAGGAAAUUUGAAUGCUGCAGAAUCUUUGAAACUGCAAUUGGAACAAGCACAAAGAGAUCGCAGGAAAAGGCAUGAACAAGAAGGAACUACUCAUGAGCCGAAAUGGUUCAGUAAAAGUACCCAGAACGGAGAGGAACAGUGGGAGUACAACAACAAGUACUGGGACACCCGGAAGGCGCCCGGUUUUGUGAACAUGUCGUUCGAGCCGCUUUGGUGACCCUCAGUUGUCGUCCCGGUGACACCACAUCCCUCAGCAAACCAAGAUCCGCCGCAUCACAAAUUGAGCCCUCACCAGUAUCAACCGGGACAAUCGUCUUUGAAUUCCACAGCAGCCACCUCUUCAACGUCGAGCAUGGCACAAGUUCCAGCGCCACAGAGCAGUGUUGGUACAUCGUCACCAUUUCUGCCGAAAAAACUCGGCUCCUAGCGCGAGCGAUCGGGCCGUAAGUCGGUCUCACGAAUUUCUUCCUCGCCUAUUCUUCCAUCGACUUAUUGAAAACUUUCUCAACUAUCUUUUCUAAAAGGCUAGUUACCUUCAGAUCUGAAACAUUGUCUGGUUUUUCAAGAUGAAUCAUUAGCUAUAGAUGGUUCAGUCAAGCUGUAUUUCAGAAUUGUGAGGUGUAUAGAGUACUACUCAUGCGUUUUGCUUCUCUUGCAAUCUGUUUUACACUAGCUGGCAGGGCAGCCAACCUGAUGUCCACUUCACUUGUCGACCUUUUUCUCGUUAUUGAACCAUCGAUAUGUAGAUACAGUAAUUCAUCUUGAGUUCUUCAGCAGUUUUUCAUUCUAUAGUUUUACUCAAUUCUUGAAAAUUAAGGUGGAACAAAUCUAGUAUACAUGUAACCGUGUAUCAAUCUAUACGGAAUCGAUAAUUAAUCUCUAUCAGUAUUUUUAAGGUUUACAAAGGAUAUUGAAAUUAAUUACCAACACCAUUGAAUAGUUGUUAGUAUCAAUAAUUCAUUAUUAAUAUUAUUUCAAUAAUGACUGAACAUUUUAUGUAGGCAUUGUUUGGAUCCUACAUAAUUGAACAUCACCUCAUUUGAGACCUAAACUUGAGUCUUUCAGACUCACUAUAUUUCCAAAUAAAUUACUGAGUAAUUGCAAACCCCCCCCCUCCCCGAAAUUUGGUUAAUAUAUUGAUAUCUUGAACAUAAAAAUCUAUAAAUAAAUAUUGAUAUCUUGGAAAUCAACUCCAUUUCCAAGUGUAUCAACUCUUAUUUCGUAAUGUUUCAAAAGUUGAUUACAAUCUUGUAUUAUUUCAAAUUAGUUGGAGACGCACU